CACGGCGACCUCAGAUCAACUGAGACCUGAAAUUAAGUUGCAGCAAUGGGUCGCCAGAACAGAUUCAACCCCCAAACCGUGACUACCCUGAUCAUCUUGUACGGGGCGGCGGUGGUUCUCCUUUGCAGCUGGUUCAUUCACUUGGACCCUUCCAACUUCGCUCCCGCAGGCCCCAAAGUUCACGUUUUGCUGCUGUCCUCGUGGCGGUCGGGUUCAUCCUUUCUGGGUCAGGUUUUCAGUCAGCACCCAUCCGUUUUCUACCUCUCAGAGCCCGCUUGGCACGUUUGGACCAAAAAGCCGACGUCUGGCGCGCAAGCUCACCGAAUAGCAGUGAGGAAUCUCUUACGGCAUUUAUACCAGUGUGACUUUUCUGUGAUGGGUUCCUACCUUUCAAAGAAACGCAGCGUGUCCUCCGUGUUCAUGUGGACUCAGAGUCGGGCACUGUGCUCGCCUCCGGCCUGUCCCCUUACAGCCACCAAUGAGAUUCAGUGCCGCCAGAUAUGCCAUGCUCAGGACUUGAAGAAAGUGGAGGAAACCUGUCGUGCAUACUCUCAUCUCGUCAUUAAAGAAGUACGACUCUUUGAGCUGGAAUCCCUUUAUCCCCUUCUGCAAGACCCAAACCUGGACCUCCGCAUCGUUCAUCUCGUUCGAGACCCGCGGGCCGUGAUACGGUCGAGAGAGGAAUCAGCCAAAAAGUUGAGGAGGGACAACGCCAUCAUUCUGGAGCACCGAAACGUACCAGCGGCUGAGAAGAACUACGAAGUGAUGCAGGAGAUCUGCAGGAGCCACGUACGCAUCAAUAAAAGAGCAAUCCUGAAGCCACCUCCGUUUCUGAAAGGUCGCUACAAAAUGAUACGGUAUGAAGACGUGGCACGCAACCCGCUGAAGGAGAUGAACGACAUUUAUAAGUUUGUAGGCUUGAAGAUAACUAGACAAAUGGAGGAAUGGAUCUACAAGGUGACCCACGGAAAAGGGAAAGGCAGCCAGAAAGAGGCUUUCCAGAUCACCCCUAGGAAUGCCACCGAGGUGUCGCAGGCGUGGCGCACCUUGCUGCAACACAGCAAGGUCAAACGCAUUCAGGAUCUGUGCAAAGGGGCCAUGUCGCUGCUCGGCUACCGCACAGUUGACAGCGAAAAAGAGCAGAAGAGACUCGACGUAGAUCUGCUGGUUCCGCUGGAGUUCAGAUGGAGGUCAACUAAGAAGAAAUGAACCUUGGA